AUGGGCUGGCAAGUGAGCGUCACGACCUUCUGUCGCAUCUCCUUGUCAACCAUUUCAACCAUGUUCCUGGGCAGAAUAGGCUCACGCGAGUUGGCGGCCAGUGCGUUGGCCAAUGUGUGGACAGGUGGCGUCCAGAUCCUCAUCUUCGGCUUCGCGGUGUCCGUAUGCACACUCUGUGGCCAAGCGUACGGCGCUAAGAACUAUCGUCUAGUGGGUGUGUGGCUGCAACUGGCGCUACUCCUCCUGCUCCUGCUGUCCGUGCCGGUUAUGGUCUCCUUCUUCUACGUAGACCGAAUUCUAAGCGCCGUAACGGAUGACCGUGAGAUUCUGGCUCUGGCUGAUACAUACGCCAGGUUCCUUGCACCCAGUGUACUCCCUCAAGCCGUCUACUGUGCUUUAAGGCAAUAUUUACAAGCCCAGGAGAUCGUUCGACCGGCAACGAUCAUCAGUGUCGCCAGUGUUGCUGUAUCACUAGGCUCGAAUUACUUGUUCAUUUACGGCUGCGGAUCACUCACAGGACUUGGGUUCAUUGGUGCACCAAUCGCCCAGAGUGUAGCGUCCAUUUUCCAACCCACAGCGCUCGUAAUUUACGCCUUCUGGUACAAAGGUUACCACAAGAAGACGUGGUUCGGCUGGGAUCUCCGCUCCUGUUUACAAUGGGAACGUAUGCGUACGUUCGCGUAUUUAUCAGCCGGUAUGACGAUGAAUCUCGCACUGGAUGAGUGGGUCUACAACGUCAUCUCGGCACUGGCAGGGUCGCUUGGUGCAUGGAACUUGGCAGCUAACAGUAUCCUCUUUAACUUAUGGGGACUGAUCUUUGGCAUCUACUGGGGUUUUGGCUUACCCACGCAAGUUCGUGUCGCUAACUUCAUGGGUGCAAAUCGACCGGAGGCUGCGAAACGCACACUACACGUUGGCUUUGUGCUGGGUGGACUCACGGCCUUCGUGUCGGCUCUGCUUGUGUAUGUUUGCCGUGACACUCUUGCGGGGUUUUUCACUCAUGACCCCGCAGUAGUCUCAGCGAUUACCAGCACAAUGCCUAUCUUCUGUACUGCAGUGUUUGUCUCGGGUCUGCACGUUAUUAUGUCGGCUGUGGUGGAGGCCAUGUCGCUUGCUACGACCUUAGUAGUCAUCACGACCAUUGGAUCCUGGGUCGUUAUGCUGCCGGCCUCGUAUCUCAUGGGUCUUGCAUGGAAUGGUGGACUCCACGGACUGUGGUGGGGCAGUCUAGUAGGAGAGACGGUCAAGUUUGCCUUAAUGGUGCUUGCUCUGUGGCACAUCGACUGGCGUGAGAUGGCACAUCGCGCUGUGCUUCAAUCAGAGGGCGAUGUGCUGACUGAGGAGGAGCUGGAGGAAGACAUCCGAUUGCGGUCCGAACUCGUGUUGCCGUCGACUCCUACGCUUGCUGGUACCACACCUGUGCUGGCUAUUCUGUCGACGCCGCAACGUGUGCACCACCGUCAUCAGACUGUUAGUGAUGCAACUGGCAAGAGGGAUAUGAUGAACAGCAGUUCGUAUGGCUCGGUGAACGCGCUUCAUAACUUCAAUCGUGAGCAGUAG